AGAGAGGAUGCAUAGAACCCAACUUUGGUUCAACAAAAGAAAAAAAAAAUGCUUUCUUCUUCUUCUUGUUCUUCUUCUCCUUCCCAAUUCUCAAAUUUUUGCUCUGUCGAACAACCCAUCUCUCCCCUUUUUGUCUCCUCAAUUUCAUGUUCCACUGUUUCAAAGCUCUCAAUCUCUGUGCUUAGCUGUUUGUUUUUUUAUAUAUAUUUUUUGUCCCCCUUUUCUUUUGGGUAUUCAACACUCUCUGUAUUUGAUUAUUUUAUGCAGCUCAGACAGUGAACGUGCUCUUCUUUGUCAGAUUGCCGCUUCCUUCUCCUCCCCCAACUAAGCUUCACGUUCAAGAAAGCACAUGAUUGCAAUUUUGUAUUUUACAUUUGUUUUUUAUGUGUUUGUUUAUUCAUAUUCCUAUUUGCCCUCAUUUGCAAUCUGCUUGUGAAACAUCAUUCAUAGUCAAAAUCUAGAGCAAUUUGAAGAGUUGGGAAAGAGGUAUAAAGAGGGAAUACUUUGGAGUUUGGGCUUUUUUUCUUCUUCUUCUUUUUUUUUUUUUUUAUCUCUUUUUACAUCUUUUGAGAGUCUUGUUUCUUCUGGGAAUUGGGAAAUUUUUUCCUUUUCAUUUUCCUUUGCUUCUUUAAUUAUGCCUCUCUCUGCCCUCUUCCUCUCUAUUUCUGUAAUGGGGUUUUAGUGAAGUAGAGUCAGAGAGGGAAGUGAGAGGAGAGAGAGAGAGAGAGAGAGAGAGAGAGAUUGUGUGUUUGUUGAAAUGGGGUUCUCGAAUGAUCGUCAGAUUUUUUUUCAAAAGUGGCCUUAUAUUUGUGUAUCUCUCUGUGCAACUUCAAUAUGAGGUUAUUAAGGAAAGAGAUAAAGGAGGAAGAAGGGAGAGAGAAAAGGUAGAAAAGACUCAAUUGUUGGGAUGAGUAUGAAGAUGCAGCAGAGCCACCACUCAGUGGCUGUAAGGUUUAAUGAGCAAAUUGGAAGUAAAAAAGGGUCCACAUUCAUUCAAGCCAAGAGGGCUUGGCUUCCUAAGUUUCUAUUGCUCUGGGUUCUGUUGGUGGCGUUCAUCAGUAUGUUGAUCUACAAAGGAAUGGAUGCUGAUAACAAAGUUAGAAGAAAGGAAGUUCUGGGGAGUAUGUGUGACCAGAGGGCAAGGAUGCUUCAGGAUCAAUUUAGUGUCAGUGUCAACCAUGUCCAUGCUUUGGCCAUUCUUAUUUCCACUUUCCACUACUCCAAAAAUGUAUCAGCAAUUGAUCAGGAAACUUUUGCUGAGUACACGGCCCGAACAGCUUUCGAGCGGCCUUUGCUUAGUGGUGUGGCAUUUGCACAAAGAGUAGUGCACUUUGAGCGAGAAAAAUUUGAGAAACAGCAUGGGUGGACUAUAAAAACAAUGGAAAGGGAACCAUCACCUAUAAAGGAUGAGUAUGCGCCAGUCAUAUUUUCCCAGGAGACAGUUUCCUAUAUCGAAUCUCUUGAUAUGAUGUCUGGAGAGGAGGACCGAGAGAACAUUUUGAGGUCAAGAGAAACAGGUAAAGCUGUUUUAACGAGCCCUUUCAGGCUACUGGGUUCUCAUCAUCUUGGAGUUGUGUUGACGAUACCUGUUUAUAAAACUAAGCUUCCUCUAAAUCCAACAAUGGAUGAACGAACUCGAGCAACAGCAGGCUACCUUGGUGGAGCAUUUGAUGUGGAAUCGCUUGUGGAAAAUUUACUUGGGCAACUUGCUGGAAAUCAGGCAAUUUUGGUGAAUGUAUACGAUAUCACGAACUACUCCGAUCCCCUAGUAAUGUAUGGUCAUCAAUAUGAAGAUGGUGACAUGUCUCUUUUACAUGAGAGCAAACUAGAUUUUGGAGAUCCAUUUAGAAAGCAUCAGAUGAUAUGCAGAUAUCAUCAGAAAGCACCAACUUUAUGGACGGCACUUACCACUGCAUUCUUAUUCUUUGUGAUUGGAUUGUUAGUGGGAUAUAUCUUAUACGGUGCAGCAACUCAUAUCGUUAAAGUGGAGGAUGAUUUCCAUGAAAUGCAAGAACUGAAAGUUCGAGCCGAAGCUGCUGAUAUUGCAAAAUCUCAGUUUCUCGCCACGGUCUCUCAUGAAAUCAGGACACCCAUGAAUGGCAUCCUUGGAAUGCUUGCUUUACUUCUUGAUACUGAGCUGAGUUCAACUCAAAGGGAUUAUGCUCAAACUGCUCAGGCCUGUGGAAAAGCACUGAUAGCGUUAAUAAAUGAGGUGCUUGACCGGGCAAAAAUUGAAGCUGGGAAGUUGGAGCUUGAAGCGGUUCCUUUCGACCUUAGAUUGAUACUAGAUGAUGUUUUAUCUUUGUUUUCUGAAAAGUCAAGGCACAAGGGAGUAGAGUUGGCAGUAUUCAUUUCUGACAAAGUUCCUGAAAUUGUUAUGGGAGAUCCUGGAAGGUUCAGACAAGUAAUCACAAAUCUCGUGGGCAACUCUGUUAAAUUCACAGAACAAGGACAUAUAUUUGUCAAAGUUCAAUUAGCUGAACAAUCAAUGGUCUCUACGAAUAUCAAAUCUGAAACUCACAUGAACGGAAACUUAGAAGAUGGUGCAUCGCACAAUAAACAUCAGUUUGAAACCUUAAGUGGAUUUGAGGCAGCUGAUAACCAAAACAGUUGGGACACUUUUAAGCACCUAGCAAAUGAGGAAUUCCAACCAAACGGUUCAAGCAAUCUCAUGGCUACAAAUGAAAGUUCUGAUAUUGUUACCGUCAUGAUAUCUGUGGAAGAUACAGGAAUCGGGAUUCCGUUAAGCGCACAAGGUCGGGUUUUUAUGCGGUUCAUGCAAGCAGAUAGCUCAACAUCCAGAAACUAUGGUGGAACUGGUAUUGGCUUAGACAUCAGUAAGUGUUUGGUUGAACUUAUGGGUGGCCAGAUAAACUUUGUAAGCCGGCCUCAGGUUGGAAGCACAUUCUCAUUCACUGCUGUUUUUGGGAGAUGUGAGAAGAAAGCGACAGUUAACAUCAAAAAGUCUAAUUUGGAGGAACUUCCUUCUGCAUUUAGAGGAUUGAAAGCAGUUGUAGUUGAUGGGAAACCAGUUAGAGCUGCUGUUACCAAAUACCAUUUGAAAAGGCUUGGGAUCCUGGUUGAAGUUGCUAGUAGUGUCAAGAUGGCUGCAGCUUUAUGGGGGAAAAAUGGAUCAGUUAGAUCAAGCAAUAUACUUCAGCCUGAUGUAAUUCUUCUCGAGAAAGAUAUCUUUAUUUCAAAUGAGGAAUGUGGUUCUUCUAAUCUGCUUCAUCAACUAGACUGGAAGCAGAAUGGUCAUACCUUAAAACUGCCAAAAUUGAUCCUUCUUGCAACCAGCAUGAGCACGGUGGAAAUUGAUAAAGCGAAGGAAAUGGGUUUCUCUGACACCGUGAUCAUGAAACCAUUGAGAGCAAGCAUGAUUGGUGCAUGUCUUCAACAGGUGCUUGGCUCGGGAAAGAAACGACAACUUGGGAAGGACAUGGCCAAUGGCUCUAACUUUCUUAAAGGGCUGCUCUGUGGUAAGAAAAUAUUGGUCGUUGAUGACAAUAAGGUAAACCGAAGAGUUGCUGCAGGUGCUUUAAAGAAAUUUGGUGCUGACGUAGAGUGUGUCGAGAGUGGGAAAGCUGCAUUGGCAUUGCUUCAACUGCCACACACUUUUGAUGCUUGCUUUAUGGAUAUUCAGAUGCCUGAAAUGGAUGGAUUUGAAGCAACCCGAAGAAUCAGGAUGAUGGAGAGCAAGGAAAACGAGGUACUGAUUAGGGAAUCAAAUGGCAAAGAAAAUGCAAGGAAAGACGAGUGGCAUGUUCCAAUAUUAGCCAUGACCGCAGAUGUAAUUCACGCAACAUACGACGAGUGUCUGAAAUGUGGGAUGGACGGAUAUGUAUCGAAGCCAUUUGAGGAAGAGAAUCUUUACCAGGCAGUUGCCAAGUUCUUCAAUACAAAGCCCAUCACUGAUUCAUGACACAUGGCCAUUGAACUCGACGCAACUGUCAACUCCGACAUCAAAAGACGCUUGGUCUGGGUUUGGUUAGUACAACAUUUUACAGGAGAUGUUCACAAGACUUGGUUUGAAGGAAUCACGAUCACUUAAAGGGGCCACCAUUUUUGACCAAAUUGUUGUACUUCUGGGCAUUAUUUGUACAUUAGCUAUUAGACCCUGCUGCUGCUUCCUUGUAUGUACUGUGCUGUAGGCCCUUUGAGUUGUGGCUUUUGGGCUGGGGGCUGCUGUAAGGGGUGUAAAUUUAUGAUUAUGAUUAUGAUUAUUUUAUGCUUACAUUAGUCCCAAAAAAGAGAAAAGAAUCAACCUAAGAAACAUGAUCAA